UCAUGUGUGUCUCUUAUCUUUUAUGUUCUCUCCUAACUUUCUUUCACUCGCUAAACGCAUGCGCUGUUCACAGAAGUCAAGCAAAGGGAAAUUGCGUUUCACCGACGACAGUAAAGUCGAUGUAUCCCACAAGAAUAUCGUCCUAAAGAAUCUGGCUAACAAAAUCGCCAGUACAGAGUCUUUAGACAACGAAGACUACGAUUCCGAUGCAAGCAACGAAAGCACGCUUUCAGAGGGCGCUUUAAGUGUAUCAAGGAAACACAGCCCGAAGUUUGUUUCCGAACCGAAUUUGAGCGUUUUGGACUCCGAGGAAACUCCGAAAAACACGAAGAAACGCGGAACGAGGUUGUUCCGUUCGAAAAUCUUAUCCGCAUCGCAGAAUCUGAACAAAAAGUACCAGAAACGUAGCGCGGUUAUCAAAGGAACGCCGACUUCAUGCGUCGCUUGUUUCGAUGACGACAAUUCGGACGCGUCGUUUCCCGACUCGAGCGAUCGGAGUCCGAUAGUGGAUACGCCUAAGAAAACUCGCUUAGAAACGGAAGAUUCGAACGCACAGAAGGAAAUGAAGCUGCAUUAUUUAACCAGUACGCCGGGUUUAUCUGAAGCCGUGGUGUUUGACGAAGAGUGCGUCACACCGUUCGCGGUGAAUUUUAGAAGAGCCUCAAUGUCACCGAUUACGAAGUCUACGCAGAAACUGUCCAAAGCUAUGCAGGAGUCAAUAAUGACGCCACGCUCGCGGAAGCCUCUCAUAAUAACGUCGGAACAGCGCGACAGCCUGCCAGAGACAAGCGAUAAGAAGCCGGAACCAGAGCCAACGCGUGACGUCAUGUAUCACUCCAUGUCACCAAAAAAUGACAGCGACUUCGUCUCGUCCGAAGAUGAGGAUCUUAUGUCGCGGUCAUCGUUUUCUUGUGAACGAUCGCACCACUCAAAUGCGUCGCUGCCACCAAAACCAUACGACGCGCGAUCACUCUCAGUCGGCGACGUAAGUCCUUUGCGCUCCGAAAACACACGAUUCAUCAUCAGCCACGAACGACCAAAUUUAAUCGAACAAGAACUAAACACCACCUUGUGUGGAGACACCCUAAUACCAACGUUCAAAGUCUCCCACGAAAUGACCAACUUUGUCGACCAAAAAACACGUUCCUUAACCGAACCCUUCAGAGAGUACCUACUCAGUCGUUCAGUACUAACAGCCACACCGGUCGAUCUAUCGAUUUUAAAUAAAUCGAGCGACACCGAAGACAAAAUCACCGAUUCUUUGCUAUACUGCCUCGACGGUAACGUUCCGUCUGAGUUAACUUUAUCGAUUAGUAACUUGGCGGUCGAUAAAGAUUCGAGUUUGAGAUCGCCGCUGAAGGAUAUCCAUAAUUUUGUGGAAAUGAGUCCAAGUAGGAAACGAUGUGCUAGCUCGAAAGAAGUGGCCGAGUCUGAAAGCAAAAAGGUGAUAGUUGAAAAGGAGAGUGCCGAAAUCGCUAGCGUUUUUGAGAUACGCGAGACUGAGCUGUGAAGUUAUAAAAUCUACGUGUUUUAAAAUCGUAAGGCAAAGUGUACUAAUUCUUGUAGAUGAAAUGUCUUUGCACUUUUAGGUCAUACCCUUUUAUCAAAAUUAUCAAACUAUGUACACACGUCUAGUAACUUCAAAGUGUAUGAAAAAACUGACGUCAUAAGGUGAUUAGGAGUCAAUAGAAUAACAAAGUUAAGGGACCUACCUUAGGAUACCAAAUAAUCCUGCUUAUACUGGAUCUACCCAAAGUCGAAAAACGUAGCAAGUUUUCCAUGAAACCAUAAACUGUGGACUUCUUUUUCAAACGUUAUUGUAUGCGUUGUCAGUGUUUCUAUUACUUGGUCUAUACGCAUAAUAUUUAUGUGUAGUGCAGUGGUCGCGAUUUAUGCCAAAAAUAUAACAAUAAGGACUUGCUGAUUGUGAUUGUGAUUAUGUAAGUACAUAAUAAUAAACUUUUUGACAUCCUUUAAUAUUGUGAUUAUGAACAACAAUUUGUUGUAAUUAUUUGAUUUCAGAUGUAAAAAGUUUUAUAAGUCAAUGUAAAUAAACAUUUAGAUACUAAUUUUAUAAUUGAACUAGACUUCCAAAAUAAUUGUAUGACGUAUCAUGUUAGUCUGCCGUACGGCGUGAGGUAACCAGUAGUCAUACCUUUGUCCCUUUGUCAGUCAGCGAUAGAGGUGCGUAUGCAAAUUGUUAACCACAAGCAGAGUAAAUACAAAUGAGUAGGUCAUCUUCAUAGAAACGCACCGAGCGCGGUUUGUAUGUGAGC